AUGUCUGUGAGCGUUUUCCGGAAUACACCGGCAUACCCCAAGGAUCAAGGCCCGUGUUCUCGCUCUCGUAAUAUCAAGUUCUUGCGUCUCAUUCUUAUUCAUAAGCCCUGGCUGGCUAAGCAUGUCGACACUGUUACUUUUGGCAGAUUUUCAACCCUUGAAGGACAAACCAAAUACGCCGAAAAUUGGGUAAAUGACCCGUGUCCAGUCUCUGAUUAUGAGCUUGGCAUCUUCCAACACCACAUUGAGUACAUCCUGGGCCAGUGCCUACAACUCUGGAAUGGUCUAAUCAGUGGACGUAUGACCUUCAGGUUGAACGUCAUAUCACCUAAGUCGUUUAUUCAAUUCAUACGGACUAUGUCGAACUCCUCAUACUACUUUGGAUCUGAGUGGAUUAAGAAAGAAUAUCUAGAGAUGACUAUUCCGCUCCGAAAUCUUCAAGACGUCUACCAUGAAAGAUUAGAUGAACAGGGGCAUGGCUAUUUCUACAAUGAAAGGAGUAUCUGA